AUGUAUAUCUAUAUGUCUGUAGAGAGAGAGAGAACAAUGUAUAGAUGUGCUGCAACUGCUUCAAAGCAGCGUAUUAAUAGUUUGGUUGCAAGUCAAGUAACAGCUACUUUGACUGGUACCAAAGGAGGUUCAUUGGUAGUCUCCAAAUCAUCAUAUUGUACUUCUUCUAAAAAGGAUGACAAACCUGAUGGUGUAACAACUACUCCUAAAACAACAACCAACCAAAAAAAAAAGAAAGAAGAUCCAUCAGACAAUUACAAGAAUCUUUUAAAGAAUUUUGAACAAAGAUUAGAUACUAAAAAAGAAGAUCAACAAACAACAAAAGAUCAACAACAACAACCACAACAAUCAUCGUCAUCAUCAAAAGAACAACAAUUACAAAAGACAUCAGACAAACCAUCACUUAAAAAGAUAUCAAAUAUUCCAGCAUUUGAUGCAAGUUUUGCAUCUUACAAUGGUGGUGGUUUGGGCAUGUAUAUGGCCGAGCAAGAGGCUGAUGAAGAUACUGCUGCCGACGAAGAGUUUGAUAUUGAAGAGUUUAAAAACAUGAGAUUCAACGAACACGAAGACGUGAUUAUCGAGGAUGUCGAAGACGAGGAUAUCAUGAUCGAAGACUAUGAGUUGGAUCGUGACGACUAUGGUGGUGACAUUGUCGACGACCUCUUGGAGGAGAGUCAAGCCAUCGAAUAUGAAGAAGAUGGUGAGGACGGUGACGGUGUUAAAUUGUCCAAGGGCGACGAGGCAGACUUGGACGAGGACGCCGACGACGACCAAGACGAAGAGUUUAUCGAUGAAUACGAAGAAGAUGAUGACGAGUUGGACGACGAACUCCUCGACGAUGCCGACAAUGAUGGCGAUCUCAUCGGUGAAGAGCUUUUGGACAAGGAGUUGGACAAGUUGUUGUCAAAGAAGGAUCAAGAGUUUGCUAUGGCCGAGUUUGACAAUAUCCAAGAGGAAGAAGACGACGAGCCACAAGCCGAGUUUGAAAUGCAAGAUAUGGACGAAGCAGCCGAGUUGGAAGUAGAAAGAGCCACAGAAGACGACGAUGAGGAUGUUGUCGUGCCACAAGAUAUCGCCGAAUAUCUUGACCUCGAGGAUUUGGACCGUCAAAACCUCUUUACUCAUACCGAAAAUCUUGAACUAUUCAUGAAGAAUUUCGAUGGUGAAGAAGGUAUCUUGGAAACACUCGAAAAUGAAUUAAGACAAGAUGGAAAACAAGAAGUCGACGAAAUCGAUCAAGACGACGACGAUGAAGAUGAUAUGAUUCAAGUAGAGGAAGAGAUUGACUUGGAAGAAAUCGAGGAAGAUGAAGAGGAUGAGGGUUUGGAGAUGGACGACGAUUUGGAAGAGUUUGAUGAAGAUGGAGAGGAAGAGGUAGACUAUGAUAAUCUGUCCGAUGAAGAGACCGAUCUUGCUGUCCGUGCCGAAUCAUUGAUCAAGGAUUUGCCAACACUGCCAUUCCACGAAGAACUUGCUAUUGCCCAAGAAGAGGGGUUGACUCCAUUUGACCAACGUUCGGCCGACUAUGGUAAGCUGACCAAGGACAAGAUGCGUGUAUUCACCAAGAACUGGGAGCAAGGUCUUUUGCAAGACUCUCUCGAGACCUUGUUUGCCGAUGACAUGGCUCAACUUGCCAGCACACAGGAUCCUAGCAAGGUGCCAUACAUCUUUGACCCCAAGCUCAUCAAAGAGUACAACGACGACGUCAACGAAAAGUUGGGAGACCAGUUCCUCGAACACCACCAACGUCUCGAGCUUGUCCAAGAGCUCAUUGACGCCGACCCCGAGGACUCGCCAACCAUCGAGGACUACAUAAAGUUGGAGCAACACCAAGACCAAGACCAAAUCGCGUUGCCAGAGUCUGCCAAGCAAAAGGCCAAGCUCAAGGCACUGCUCACCAAAUACUCGGUCGAGGAAACCAAGGCUAUCGUCCAAGACAACAUUGCUGGAAAUGAUGCAUUGGAUGCCGGCCUUAUCACACCCCAAGAAUACUUGGUUCAACCAAAGUCCCAGCAAGAAAUCAACUUUUACAACUUAAAUACUAUAGAGUCUACUGCCUUUGAAACUGUUGCUGCCGAUGGUAAAAAGGUUGUUGGUGCUGUUGGUGGUGUUGUUGGUGGUGCCGUCGGUGGUGUUGUGACUACUGCUGCCACUGAGAUGUUUGUCCCAACAAGCGACGUCAUUUCAAAGGAAGAUGAUGCCAAAUGGGACGCUCAAUUGGAAGCUCAAAUCGUUGAUGCUAUGGACCAAACCAUUGCCCAAGACUACAAGCAACAAGAAGCUCAAGAAUUGUUUGAUCAAGAGGAACACGACAAGUACAACGAGAUAUUAAAGGAGGGAACCGAUUACGAACCACCCAAUAUCACCGUCGACAGUAUCUUCCAACUCUCUGAAGACAAUGAGUUUUACAACUCACCAUCACUCGUCAAGGACUUUGGUGUACGUGAACCACACACCUAUGCCGAGAUGAGAGUUGCCUUGGUCGAUGCCCACACCUCGCAAAUGGGUAUUGAAAAGGAUGACGAAGAAGACGAUGAAUUCCACGAUCCAAAUGCCAUCAUCAACACCAAAUACGAGUAUCUCAAAAAGAUGGAUCUCUACGAACAAGAGUACAAGCGUGAUGUUGAGAACCAAGAGAUGCAAGUCUAUGACCAAAGUGCCGUACAAGCCGACAUGGAACGUCUCACCGAACAACUCGAUCUCGUCAUCUCUCAAGACAUUGACAAUAUUGUCGAAGAAAAGGUUACUCCCGCUCAAGUCUUGGCUGCUCUCAAGUUGGGCAAGGCUAAAGAUUUUGAAAUCAAUGAAAAUGAAGAGUCAAGCGGUGCCAUUGAAAUCACCGAAGAAAACAUUGAACAAUUACUUGCUCAAGCCAACGAUUGGAACAACACCUCAGACAUUGAUCAAAUCGUUCGUGAAUUGGGUCAAGAAGUAGCCGGACAAGAUGAAGAUGACGAUGGUCUCUACCAUGAACCAACUAUCGACGAGAUGAUCCCAUCUGCUGAACAAGACGUUGAAGAAGAAAUGAACGGUAAACAACAAUUGGUCGAAGAAGAAGAAAAGGAAUUGGAAGAUGCCCUAUCUCAAGAACUCGAAAAAAUCACUGGUGAAAUUGAUGAACAAAAUGGUGUCAGCAGCAGCAGUGGUGAAAAUAAUAAUGGUAUUGAAAAGUCUGAUGAUUCUGCUGAUAUUGAUGCAAAGAAUAGUGAUAUAUUAUUUAAUAAGAGAUUCCUUGAAGAUGGUGAAGAAGCAGAACCAGAAUUAAUUGAUGAAUUGGAAGCAGAUUUUGAAAAGGAACCAUUGUUUGACAAUGAUUUUGGAGAUGAAAAUCAACCGUUACAUGUUGAGGAUAUUCCAACUGUUGCCGAUGUACCAUCAUUGCAACAACUUUUAUUCAAGGAUCAACAGGAUGCAUUGAGAGAGGCUAAACAAUCUGGUGAUGCACCAGUUGUAGGUUCGGUGGAUAUCGAACAAUUCAUCGAAGGAUUGGAUCUCUCCAAGAUUGAACAAACCGGAGCAUUGUCGGCCCAAGACCAAGAAGUGAUGUUUAGCCGUUUCAUCAAGAGUGUUCAAGACGAGAUUGACAACAACUUUGAAGAGUUUGCCAAACAAGAGAUACAAAAUGAAAUCGAUCUGUUGGAUGCCCAAACAGCCGAAGACAUUGUAUUGUACGACGAACAAGGAAACGCCAUCCCACAACAAACCGAGUCGGAUGACGCUGCCGCCGAAAACUUUAACAUUAGCGACGAAGAGUUUAGCGAACUUGUCAAUGACUAUGGUUCGAUGGCACGUACCGAGUUGGGAGUCGAGAAUAUGGAGCUGCCAUUUGAGAUUAUCGAAGUCAAUAACCCCGACCUCGACGUCUACGAAGCCAUGGACAAGAUGGAUCCAAGCGACUUUAACAAGCUCGAGCUCGGUCUCAACAUCACCUCUCCCAAGGGUUUCCUCGAGAUUGGCGAGUACGUAGAGAUGAUCAACGACCAAGAAGACAUGGAAGAGUUGAACGAGCCAAUGGCCGUCCUCACACUCGAAGCCGACAUGUACCUCCGUCGCAAGGAAAAGAAGAUGAAGGUGUUGGCCAAACGUAGAGAACGUGCCCAAAAAUCACGUGAAGCUCAAUUGGCCAAACAUCGUGAAGCCAUUGCCAAUAGUACUGCUACCCCAACCCAACACAUCAAGGGUAAACGUGCUAUGAUUCCAACCGCUGCCGCUGCCAGCAAUACCAUCUAUGUAUCACCAUACGAACCAAAUACCUAUGUCAAGCUUGCCGACAUGAAAGAACAAUCAGAGCACGACCAAGACAUCUUUAGAGACAUUCUCCAACAAAGUCACGUCUCACUCACUCUCAACCCAUUCCACAAUCACGCCCAAACCAAGAGCUCAAUGAAAUACAUUCAAGACCAACUCACCUCUUACAAAGCUCAUGCUGCCUCUCGUCUUGAACAACGUAAGAAUGCCGUACCAUUUGACGACCCAUUAUUCAAAAAGACAGACCUCCUCAUCGAACCAUGGGAUCUCGAACGUUAUGAUGCCGAUUAUUAUGGUGAAAAUGAAGAUGAUAGUGUUGAUUUGGAUAAUUAA